ACUUUUCAACGGAACAACCCUCGAGAUCUCGUCAUUCGGUCGUUCUGUUCGACAGCACCACAACCACAACAAACCAAGCUGAAGCAAAGCUGUUGCCGUUGUUGUUUAUUCUUGUCUACUACCGGUAGUAGUUCAUACUAGUAAAUUGUCCUUGCCCAUGGUCUCUGAUCCCCGCGUCACCAGGUCGUUGACCCGCUUGGGAGGUCUCUACCGUGAUCCCUCUCGGGUCGAUCGAGACGCUUCGACACUGCUCAAGUCCUCUGUGGGAAAUCAUUUGACUCCCGGCAUUGCACCGUUGGUCGAGAACAAUGGCGAAGUGGCGCACUGUUUGGUCUUGCAGGGCACCAUUGCCAUGCAUUUUCGCGGUAACACGUACCAGCUCUUGGUCGAUCUCUACUUGCCACCCGGCUAUCCCCAUCGACCUCCCGUUGCAUAUGUAAGGUUGACCGAGAACAUGUACUUGAAAGAAAAUCACAUGCACGUGGGGAGUGACGGAAAAGUCUACUUGCCCUACCUGCACGAAUGGACCAUGCGGACACACAAUUUGGUCGAAUUGGUGGUGGCCAUGUCGAGUGUCUUUUCCGCCGAUCCACCCGUCUUUACCAGAGCUCCGUCGGCCACACCACCUCCUCCUCCACCGGCAACCAUAUUGCCACCCGUUGUUGUGAAUGAUCCACCACCGCCCAUGCCGAGUCAUCUCCUUUCCAGUUCAAAUACAAGUCAACAACAACAACAAGCCGAGGCAGAAGCACGCUUGGCACGAGAAGCCGAAGAAGCCAAUCGCGUCAUGGAAGCGGCACGAAAGGCGGAACGAGAAGAACAAGAACGAGACCAACAAAUGGCGGCACAGAAACGAUGGGAGCUACAAAAGAAACAACAAGUCAAGGAGCAAGUAUUGCAAAAGGUACUCAAACAUUUGCAGGAAGUUUCCAUGGAAACCAAAGUACAGGCACAAAAUUAUCAACGAGAUCAGCAACGCUUGAAUAUUGCCGAAGAAAAACUAGAAAAACAACUACAGCUCUUUCAACAAGCCAAGAAUACAUUGGAGGAAAAAUCAACCAUCGUCGAAGAAAAGACGGUCGAAAUUCAAGAAUGGCUGGAAAUGGCCGCACAGGCAGAACAGCAGAAUGGAACGGCACAAAAGGAAAAAUCAAUCGAUGAAGUGGUACAACCCGUACUCAAGAUUCAUCAACAAAUGCUCGAUUUGAGUGCCGAGAAUGCGUCCCUCACAGAUGCCCUCUACUUUCUCGAUCGAUGCCUCUAUCUGGGAAAUCUCGAUUGCGAAACGCAUCUCAAACACGUUCGUCAAUUGGCCAAACGACAAUUCCUAGCAAGGGCGCAUUUGAUGAAAGUCAAUCAACAUUUAAUCAGGCAUCCCGAGUUGGGAUCGACGGCGAGUUUUUGAACAUCCAAUCAAACAAACUAAGAGUGAGACUGCUGUACGGUAGGUGGAUGGAGUAAAAUUGAAUACGUAACUGCGUUGUUAGGGCACUUGAAGAUUAUUUUACUGGCUGCAAUAAUUGUACUCGUUCGUAGCAAUGUGUUUCUAUGAAUCCUUCGUUAUAUUAUUGUGGCCAUUUACAGUACCAGUAGCCGUCGCCUUUCAUUUAGAUUGCUAGAUAACUCUCUCCUCUGGAUAGUAAGCCAGUAGUUGAAUCUCAG